AUUAAUUCAUGUAUUCUUUUAACCACUCAAAACUCCAAAGAGAUUCAAGUUUUAUCCAAAAAUAUUUGUGGAGCCUAUAUUGCUAAAAAGGUUAGAACAAUCGGUGAAUAAAUAUGGCAGAGAAGGUGGAGGUGACCACGAUGCCCAAGUCUUCUCUUUUAGGAAAGCUUGAGGUAGAAGUUGAGAUCAAAGCUCCCGCGGCGAUAUUCUACCACAUCUAUGCUGGAAGACCACACCAUGUUGCUAAAGCCACUCCUCGCAACGUGCAAUCAUGUGAUCUCCAUGAUGGGGAAUGGGGCACCGUAGGCAGCAUCGUCUAUUGGAACUACGUUCAUGAGGGACAAGCAAAGGUUGCAAAAGAGAGGAUUGAAUUAGUAGAGCCAGAGAAGAAACUGAUCAAGUUUAGGGUCAUUGAAGGAGAUGUUAUGGCUGAGUACAAGAGUUUCUUGAUCACGAUUCAGGUGACCCCGAAGGAAGGAGGGACUGGAAGUGUUGUGAAAUGGCACAUUGAGUAUGAGAAGAUUGAUGAGAACGUGCCUCACCCUGAGAAUCUUCUCCCUUUCUUCGCCGAGAUGACCAAAGAGAUUGACGAACACCUCUUAUCCGAGGAAUGAAAACAUACUCUUGGAAAUCUCCAACGAUAUACAAUUAUAGCCGUUCCUCAGGAUUCUACGCAGUGAAGAUAUUGAAGGUGUCCAUCAAGAGUAUGGAGAAAGAGAAGGAGGUGUCGUCUGUCGUGGAUAUAAUAAGAUCAGAAGGAAUUGUUCGUGGUAGAAUCGUCUAUAUCACAGUUUCAUGAUUUGCGAUUAAUAAUAAAUCUAGACAGCAAAAAUAAAAGACAUAGAGGAGAAUGCAUUUGGUUGAGUAAUUGUUGGCGUUGGCUGUAAGUGG